UUGAGAUAAAAGCUGAGGUAUAAAACCAGUAGAGGGGUCGGGUCAACCAAAGAAGAGCCAUGAGGUUCUUUUUGCUUAUGGGUGUCAUCUCCACCACUCUUGCAAUUGCUCCUGUCCGCUUUGAUAGGGAAAAGGUAUUCCGUGUGAAGCUCCAGGAUGAAAAGCAAGCAAGAAUCCUGAAGGAUUUGACCCAAACCAUUGAGCUUGACUUCUGGUAUCCAGAUGCUGCCCAUGAUAUCGCUGCGAACUCGACAGUGGAUUUCCGAAUUAGUGAGAAAGAAUCGUGGACUCUCCGGUCUACCUUGGAACAACAUAAAAUGCACUAUGAAAUCCUGAUACAUGACCUGCAAGAAGAGAUAGAGAAACAGUUUGAUGUGAAAGAUGAAAUCGCAGGCAGGCACAGUUAUGCAAAAUACAACAACUGGGAAAAGAUUGUUUCUUGGACUGAAAAAAUGGUAGGAAAACAUCCUGAAAUGGUCUCAAGAAUUAAAAUUGGAUCGACUUUUGAAGAUAAUCCAUUAUAUGUUCUCAAGAUUGGGAAAAAAGAUGGAGAAAGAAAGGCUAUCUUUAUGGACUGUGGCAUUCACGCCCGUGAGUGGGUCUCUACAGCUUUCUGCCAGUGGUUCGUCUAUCAGGCAACCAAGAGUUAUGGAAAAAACAAAAUCAUGACCAAACUUUUGGACCGGAUGAAUUUUUACGUUCUGCCUGUCUUCAAUGUGGAUGGAUAUAUUUGGUCAUGGACACAGGACCGAAUGUGGAGAAAAAACCGUUCCAAGAACCAAAAUUCCACCUGCAUUGGCACUGACCUCAACAGGAACUUUGAUGUCUCGUGGGACUCUUUUCCGAACACCAACGACCCAUGCAAGAAUAUCUACAGGGGCGCUGCACCAGAGUCGGAGAAAGAGACCAGAGCUGUCACUAACUUCAUUCGAAGCCACCUGAACUCAAUCAAGGCUUACAUCACCUUCCAUUCCUACUCUCAGAUGGUAUUAUUUCCUUAUGGCUAUACAUCCAAGCUGACACCCACCCACCAGGACCUGCUCAAAGUUUCGAGGAUUGCCACUGAUGUUCUCUCAACUAGAUAUGAAACCCAUUACAUCUACGGUCCAAUCUCAUCAACAAUUUACCCGACAUCAGGUUCUUCUUUAGACUGGGCUUAUGACCUGGGCAUCAAACACACAUUUGCCUUUGAGCUCCGAGAUAGAGGAAAAUAUGGUUUCCUUCUUCCAGAAUCCCGGAUAAAGCCAACAUGUAAAGAAACCAUGCUUUCUGUCAAAUUUAUUGCCAAGUAUGUCCUCAAGAACACAUCCUAAUGAAUAGCCCUUGGUUUGGAAUUUGCCAGUUAAUCGUUGGGUGGAGCCCCUUCCUGGAAAGACAGCCUUCAGCAUCACCUGGAUACAUCCUUCUUUUGCUCAUAAAGCCCUGCAUUACUUUUUUCUUGUUUUCAUUUGCUCCCAAUAGUCACCCAAUAUAGCUUUAAGUAAAUCCAUUUAAUAAUCUUCUUUGUAAGUAAAACUUUAGCCUUGUAGAAAACACAAUUUGAAUACUCUGAAGUGAUAUGUGGCGUACACGGGAAAGAAAUGAAAACUUUUUUCCUCCAGAAUCUGAUUGGCUCCCUUCAUGCCAUGUGCUAAUGAAAUGAAAAACAUGUUCUGAUGUUUUACAAAGGCCCUUUCUGUUUUUAAUAAACUAUGUUCUCAGCAUUUCUCAA